GGUUCUCCAUCCAAAUUUUUUUUUUAAAAAAAAUUCCAGUUCUUUCAGAGGGACUGCCAUUUCAAUUCGGUUUCUGUAUCCCUGCGGUUCUCUGACACCAAAACGCAAAAAACUCUUCUUACUCGUUUUCCUUUGGCCAGGCUCAAAAACCGCCAUGUGGAUUCUCGUCGUGGCCAUUGUGGCCCUGGUGGCCUUCUACGCGAGGACGCCAAAGACAAAGAUCCCCAAAUACAAGGGCGACGGCUGGUUUUCGUUCCUGGCCGAUGCCGAGGCGUACUCCAUGCGGCCCAUCGAGCUCCUCAAUCGCGCAACCGCCCAGUGCGGCAACGUGUUUUCCAUCCAGGUCCUCACCGUCUACAACGUCUUCCUCCGCGGCAAUGAGCUCAACAAGGCCUACCUCGAGGUCCGCGAGGACGUCUGGUCUUUCGGUGGCGGCAUGGGCAUCUUCAUCAACAAGAUCCUCGACGACGGCUACUUCGACAACCUGCGCACGCUGGUCGGCUCCCUCAGCCGCUACAUCAACCGAGCGUCGGCCCAGGAGUACACCGCCCGCUGCACCACCAUCGAGGCCGAGAAGACGGCCGACGCCAUCGCCGCCCAGAAGGACGUCGCCCUCUUCGACACCGUGUCGGGCAUGGCCCACAAGAUCAUCGUCCGGACCCUGAUGGGCGAGGAUUUCUACGCCGUCGCCGACGAGCUGCUCGACAUCCUGCACGACAUGGAGUCCGACAUCGGCAGCCUUUACUCUUUCAUCCUGCCCAGCUGGGUCCCGCACCCUCCGGCCCGGCGCCUCGAGGCCGCGCGCCAGCGCUUCAAGAAGAUCUUCUUCGACAUGCUCGAGCGCCGCGGGGAGUUCCUCGGCGAGAAGGCGUCGGACGCCCCGGACUACGUCGCCUACACCAUGACCGACAAGACCACGGUGCCGCUGAAGCACUACAUGCCGUCGCACCACACCGUGCUCAUGUUCGCCGCCCACACGUCGACGGUGGCCUCGAUCGCCUGGAACCUGGUCUCGAUGCUGCGCAACCCGGAGGUGCUGGCCCGCGUGCAGGCCGACCUGCGCAGCGACGGCGGCGACGACCUCCUCCUGCAGGCCUGCAUCAAGGAGACGGGCCGCUACUACGCCGGCAUCAAGACGCUGCGCCUGGCCAAGCAGGAGAUCAAGGUGCCGGGGACCGACCUGACCGUGCCCAAGGGCGCCGUCGUCUCCAUCGCCCCUUACCUGACGCACCACGACCCGGCCAACUGGGCCAGCCCGCAGGUGUGGGACCCGAGCCGGUGGAUCGACACGGCCACCAACGAGCUGGUGGUCCCGGACAACACCAAGGGCGCGUCGGGCCUCAAGUACAUCCCCUUUGGGUACGGUAGCCAUCGGUGCGUCGGCGAGAAGAUGGCCGGCAUUAUCGUCACUGGCGCCCUGACCACCAUCCUCCGGGACUACGACAUUGCCUGGGCCACCCCGGAGACGCCCGACUCGGUCGACUUUACCUGUCUCGACUUUGACAAGAUUGGCACGCCCUGGCUCAAGGGCGAUGUCCGCGUCAAACUGACCAAGCGCGAGUAAGGAGGCCAAUGACAGGGGGCCUCU